AAAGUUGGCUUCAUUUCGCUUACUCUUGGAAUGUUUAUUUCAUGUCUGUUUGGUUUUAUCUUUGGGCUCAAGCUCGGUACAACCGAAAUGCCAUGGGGUUUCGGAGACUUCCCAACGGAAGAAAUGAAGGGAAGAGGUAAUUCUCGAUCGUUGUGGAUGGUGGUUCUGUGGGCACUGACAAAGGGGAGUGGAGUAGAUAAAUUAUUCUGGUAUGUGAAAAACUAUUUCACUUUGAAAUUUCCUACAAUUUGUAAAAAAAAUUCUCUUUAUGUCGUUCAUCAGGGCUUUAGCGUGCAUCUGGAGAAUCGUACACUGACAACCUACUACCUUCCGACAGAAUUCCUUAUUAAUGGCAUUAUAUCAGGCUUAUCAACUGUGGUAAACGUGAUUUGUAUUUUCAUUACUGCUAUCAAGACUUCUAUCAUUGUUCUAAAGAUCAAGGAAGUGGCAGCACCUUACACAAGUAGUCCAAAUUUACGA